UGGAAAGUCAUUUUCCGCUCUUCCUUGGCUUUGAGACCGACGCGAGACUCGGAAUCAUACGGACCAUGGGCCAAUACAUAUACAUAUAUAGGUAGGUCCAUGGAGUCAUUGUUCUUUUCAUGCACAUCCUUCCUGUCUCCUCUCUCGCACACACACAUACACAUAUACAUAGACUUGCAUUGCGAUCAAGCAUCCCUACAUACACAGUGAGUCACCCGCUCGCGUCGCUUAUUUUCGCUCUCGCGGCCCCACGCAUAUUUAUUACGUGCCCCCCCGGUUACGGUUCUCAUUCCCGGCCGGAACAUCAUUACACCCCAUUCAACCCACCUGCAUUUUGCGGCUGGGCUACCUUUUACAUUCCAAUCCUAUACUAGACCAUUGCCUCCCCUCACAUCUUGUUCACUCACUGCAUCCUGCCCACCACACAUCGCGAGAGUUGCUAAUCUGCUCCUACAUCAGCCUUUCAGUUUCAAAUUUCGUAAACUUCCACCAUGGCUCCCCACAGACACCACCACGAUGAAUUCGAAGCCAACCCGUUAUUGGGCAAGGAGAUGAAGUAUUUCUCCCAAGCUGGAUUCGAUCUCGACAGAGUCCAUAUCAAGCGCAACGCUCCCAUCGCCUCACUGUAUGAAGAUGCCAUCCUCAACGAGGGAGCUGUCAUCUCCUCCACUGGUGCUUUGAUCAACUUUUCAGGCAAGAAGACUGGAAGGUCACCAAAAGACAAACGUAUCGUCUACGAGGAUGGAAGCAAAGAUGAGAUCUGGUGGGGUCCCGUCAACAUCAAGAUGGACGAACACACUUUUGAGAUCAAUCGUGAACGUGCUAUCGACUAUUUGAACACUCGUGAAAACGUCUACGUGUUUGACGGAUUCGCUGGAUGGGACCCCAAGUACAGAAUCAAGGUCCGAGUCAUUGCCUCGAGAGCCUACCACGCCUUGUUCAUGCACAACAUGCUCAUCCGACCGACUCCUCAAGAACUGGCAGACUUCGGCGAGCCCGACUUCAUCAUCUACAACGCUGGUCAAUUCCCCGCCAACCGAUUCACAACCGGUAUGACAUCCUCCACUUCCGUCGAAAUCAACUUUAAGCGUAUGGAAAUGGUCAUCCUCGGUACCGAAUACGCUGGAGAGAUGAAGAAGGGAAUCUUCAGUGUCAUGCACUACUUGCAACCCGUCAAGUUUGGUCAGCUCUCUCUGCACUCGUCUGCCAACCAAGCCAAGGGGGACGAUGGAGACGUCUCGCUCUUCUUUGGUCUCAGUGGUACCGGAAAGACUACACUGUCUGCCGAUCCCAACCGAAUGUUGAUCGGGGAUGACGAGCACGUCUGGAGUGAUACUGGAGUCUUCAACAUUGAAGGAGGUUGCUACGCCAAGUGCAUCAACUUGUCCGCUGAGAAGGAGCCCGAAAUCUUCAACGCCAUCCGAUUCGGAUCCAUCCUCGAAAACGUCGUCUACAACCCCGCGGAUCGAGUUCCCGACUACGACGAUGUCUCUAUCACUGAGAACACACGAUGCGCCUACCCUAUCGAAUUCAUUCAAAACGCCAAGAUUCCCUGUAUCGCCAACCGACAGCCUUCUAAUAUCAUCAUGCUCUGCUGCGAUGCUUUCGGAGUCUUACCACCUGUCUCUCGCUUGACACCCGAUCAAGCUUCUUACCACUUUGUCGCUGGCUACACUUCAAAGACACCAGGUACCGAAGAUGGAGUUGUUGAGCCUUCGCCCACUUUCUCGACCUGCUACGGUCAACCGUUCAUCGUCCUUCACCCAGGUCGAUACGCUCGGAUGCUCGCUGAAAAGAUGGAAUCCUCAAAUGCCAACUGUUGGCUCAUCAACACAGGUUGGACCGGCGGAAAAUUCGGUACCGGCAAGAGAUGUCCUCUCAAAUACACUCGUGCCAUUGUCGAUGCCAUCCACAAUGGAUCCCUCGCCAAAGCCGAAUACGAGACUUUCCCAGUCUUCAACCUCUCCAUCCCGAAAGCCGUCGAGGGUGUCCCUUCAGACAUUUUACACCCUGCCAAAGUCUGGCCUAGCCAAGACGCUUUCGACGCAGAGCUCAAAAAGCUCGGAGAAAUGUUCCAGAAGGCGUACACAAAGUACGAGGCGGACAUCGACCCCAAAGUCAAGCUUGCGGGUCCAGUCUUCUAAGGGAUACCAUACUCAAAAACGCACAUACUGUCUGUAAAAUCUUAGGUUUUCCUCUCAUUAACGGGCAAAUUAGUUGUCUUAUGCCUGUAGUCAUCAAACGCUCUUGCAUGUAUUUCGUACGUGAUGAAGAAAA